AUGUCGACGUCCCGUGAAGGUUAUUUGUGGACCAAGACCACAACCUCGCAGGGCCUCACCACCGACUCAGUGGUCUUGAGUGCGACGAAUAUCAAGUCAGAAUAUGAUGCGAUUGUCAUCGGGGCUGGGUUUGCCGGACUAUUGGCAGCUCGAGAACUUUCGCGAAAUCAUGGUCUGCAAGUACUCCUAGUUGAGGGCCGGGAUCGCAUUGGAGGCCGAACCUGGACAGCGAAGGCAUUAGGGGAAGAAUUUGAGAUGGGUGGCACAUGGGUGCAUUGGAAUCAGCCACACUGUUACAGAGAGCUGUACAAGUACAACCUCCAUAAGAACUUUAAAACUUCGGCAGGCACGUUAGCUGCACAGAAAACGUACUACAGAUCUGCUCAAGGGGCUGUACAAGAAGUCGAUCCCGUCGAGUUUGGUAACAUCACGCAAGCAGUCGCGGAGAGCUUCUUCACAAUUGAUGGCCACUCGAGUAGAGAGCUAAUGCCAUAUCCUCAUGAUCCAUUUAGAGAGCCCGCUCUGUGGAAGAAGUACGAUCAUCUUAGCGUACGACAGCGUCUUGAUCAACUAGAUCUCCCGAGCCUCCAUAAAGAAUACUUCGAAACUACAGCAGCUUCAUUCGGGAGUGCACCAGGGAAAGACAUCGGCUUCGUCGAGGCCCUCCGCUGGUAUGCCCUAGGUGCUCAUAAUCUAGCCCAGACUUACGAGCUGGCUGGCGUAUUCAAGCUUGGUAAAGGUGGCAUGACCUCCUUUGCACGUGCCUUACAUCAAGAUGCUAAGUGCGAUACCCUGAUGAACACUGUUGUUACCGAUAUCUCCCACCAUCAGUCUGGAGCAAGAAUCACAACUGCGAAGGGUCAGACUUUAGCGGCAAAGGCAGUCGUGUGUACCGUUCCCCUGAACUGUCUCAGUGACGUCAAGUUCUCACCUUCACUCCACCCUAUCAAACAAGAGGCCAUCUCCCACGGACAUAUCAACAAGGGAGCCAAAAUCCACUUCAAGCUAGCCGAGACUGAGCCAGGCUGGUUUGCCGCAUGUAACGGCGAUGACGAUUCGUCCUUCUGCUUCUCUUUUUCCGACCACAAUGGCAAUUCUACGGCUGAGCCUCAGGGCACCUAUUCCAUCGGCUUUGGUUAUAAUGGCUAUCUUGAGGAUCCGAAGAACAGCGAAGUCAUUAUCAGGGAGUUCAACAGGAAUGUUCGCCCAGGUACCAACGUCGAAGCGUAUCUUACACACGAUUGGAUGAAUGAUCCUCUCGCAAAAGGUGUUUGGAGCUGCUGGGGGCCGGGUGCGAUGAGCAAGUACACCAAAGCGCUUCAAGAAUCGCAUGGCAAUGUGUUCUUCGCAAGUGCCGAUUGGGCUGAUGGCUGGAGAGGAUUUAUUGAUGGCGCAUUGGAGAGUGGCCUAAAGACGGCGAACGAGGUAGUUAAGCACUUAGAUGCCCGACUUCAGUCAAAAUUGUAA